AUGCUGUGCACACGGAGAACUAAAACUUUGGUGUCGACCUGCGUGAUCCUGAGCGGGAUGACCAACAUCGUGUGUCUGCUGUACGUCGGCUGGAUCACCAACUACGUGGCCAACAGCGGAGGGAAAGUUGCGGAGGAGGCGGACAGAAAGUUGGAGGAGGACAGCAAAGGAGAGACGCUGAGGAUUAUGGAGAGGCUGGAGCGGCUGGAGAGCGUCGUGAACGAGCACAUUAAAGAAACGCCCCAGAAGGACGGCGAAGACGCCGCGUCCUCCUCGGACUCCGCCUCCGACUCCGCCUCCUCGCUGUUCAGCCACUGGGGUCGCGACCUCGGGCCGGAGAGUCGCCGGGCGGCGCUCAGGAAGUUCCGUUACUACGGAUACAACGGGUACCUCAGCGACCGCAUCUCCCUGACCCGACCCAUCCCGGACCUGCGGCCCGACGGGUGCAGGAACAUGUCGUACUCGUCCGACCUGCCUCAGCUCAGCGUCGUCUUCAUCUUCGUCAACGAGGCGCUGUCGGUGCUGCUGCGCUCCGUCCACACGGCCAUCCAGAGGACGCCGGCCCACCUGCUCAAGGAGAUCAUCCUGGUGGACGACCACAGCAGCAGCCUGGAGCUGAAGGACCACCUGCAGAGCUUCGUGGACGAGACCAACGGCCAGCACGGUCCCGGUUUCAUCAAGGUGGUCCGACACGACAAGCAGGAGGGUCUGAUCCGGUCCAGGGUCAGCGGCUGGAGGGCGGCCUCGGCGCCGGUGGUCGCUCUGUUCGACGCCCACGUGGAGUUCAACACCGGCUGGGCGGAACCGAUCCUGCAGCGGAUCAAGGAGGACCGGACCCGCGUGGUGUCGCCCUCCUUCGACAACAUCAAGUACGACACCUUCGAGAUCGAGGAGUACCCGCUGUCGGCCCAGGGCUUCGACUGGGAGCUGUGGUGCCGGUACCUGAACCCGCCCAAGUCCUGGUGGACGCAGCGCAACCACACGGCGCCCAUCAGGAGCCCGGCUCUGAUUGGCUGCUUCGUGGUGGACAGGAAGUACUUUGAGGAAAUCGGCCUGCUGGACGAAGGGAUGGAGAUAUACGGAGGAGAAAACGUGGAGCUCGGCAUCAGGGUGUGGCAGUGCGGCGGCAGCGUGGAGGUUCUGCCCUGCUCCCGGAUCGCCCACAUCGAGCGCGCCCACAAGCCCUACACCGAGAACCUGACGGCCCACGUGAGGAGGAACGCUCUGCGGGUGGCCGAGGUCUGGAUGGACCAGCACCGGAGCCACGUCUACAUGGCCUGGAACGUCCCCCUGCAGAACUCUGGGAUCGACAUCGGCGACGUCUCUGAGAGGAAAGCUCUGCGGUCGCGGCUCCGCUGUCGCCCGUUCAGCUGGUUCCUGUCCAACAUCUACCCGGAGCUGCGUUCCUACGGCGACACGGUGGCCUAUGGCGUGCUAAAGAACAGUCUGAGGGAAGACCUGUGUUUGGACCAGGGGCCCGACACCGACAACGUCCCCAUCAUGUACCUUUGCCACGGCAUGACGCCUCAGAACGUCUACUACACCAGCUCCCAGCAGCUCCACCUCGGCGUCCUGAGCCCGACCAUCGACGACGACGACAACAAGUGUCUGGUGGACGUGAACAGCCGGCCGAGGCUGCUGGAGUGCAGCUACGCCGCCACCAAACACAUGAAGCUCACCUGGACGUUCACUCAGGUGAGCUCCAGACCGAGAGCCUCCAGGAGCGCCGGCUGGCUUCACGUGUUUCCAGCCGCUCUGUCUGCAGCCUUUGAUCUCGCGGUCAUCCAGCCGGUGUUCAGGAACCUUGUGGCGACGCUCCGGUAG